UGCACUUUGAUAACAGUCUAUGCUGAUAUAAAACCUAUGUAUAAAACCAGCAUUCUUUUAGCUGUGCACGGAGGACUCAACUGUCUCCACAAUGAGUCAGCUGAACUCGUCCUUUCAUCAGCGGCUGCAGGCAGCGUCAGAGAAGAUAUUGGGAGAGGUGGAGAAACACAAGUUAGCUUUAAACGGACCAAAAGAAGAGCACAACAGUCAGUGUUCAAAACUACACCAUCUGCGCCAGAUAUCAGAACCUCCACUGACUGGACAGGAAGUGCUGCAGGAGACCUCAAUACAAGCAGAGUCUAACCUGAGCACGGCUGAGGUCCCAGUCCUCUCUCAAACCAGUGCAGAUACAGACAACACAAAUGGGAACUACUGCUUGGCUCAGACAAACUUCAAAAUCAAAGAGGAGGAGGAGGAAGAGGAAAUCGGAAAUGACACUCCAGCACCUGAAGUCAUUUUACCUUCUCUUGAAGGUGUGAAAACUGAGCUUCAAGUGAAUUAUGAAUUGCAGCCAAUCUCUUCAGACUUCUCUGCAGCUGACAGUGACAGCAAUGACGGUGACGACGAGUGGCUUCAAAACAAAGAAGCGCGGACAAAGAAGAAGGGACGAAAAAGGAAUACUUUGCAAAAAGUGAAUUAUGAAUUGCAGCCAAUCUCUUCAGACUUCUCUCCAGCUGACAGUGACAGCAGUGACGAUGAUGAGGAGUGGCUUCAGAACAGAGGAGUGCAGACAAAGAAGAAGGGACCAAAAAGGAAAACUUUGCAAAAACAAAAUGGAAGCAUUAAGCAGAAGGACGCAGCAGUGUUGCCUGAUUGUCUUAUAUGUGGAAAGAAUUUCCAGCACAUCGGCCCCUUAAUUAAGCACAUUGAAGAACACAGGGAGACGAGUGAAUCUACGAAUAAGCUUUUAAGGCAUUUGCAUAGUGCUCAAAACCAACGGCUAAUUUGUGAUAUUUGUGGCAAGAAGUUCACCAACACUGGGUGUGUUCAAUUACAUUCAAAAAUACACACAGGGACUAAAGACUUUAAAUGUCGAGACUGUGGGAAAACCUUUGUCCAAAAAGUGCAAAUGAUUGUGCACAUGAGGAUCCACACAGGGGAGAAGCCAUAUCAAUGUGAUCUGUGUGGAAAAGCAUUCAAUCAGAGACACAGCCUCAUUGUUCAUAAACGAACACAUACAGGGGACAGACCUUAUUCCUGUACGACAUGUGGGAAACGGUUUUAUACCCUUGGUCAUCUCAAAGCGCACAUGCAGCGUUUUUACGGGACAAAACCCGUCAUCUCGUAAAAAUGUUCAUAAAACGUUUUGCCAAAGCCGGCAGCUGAUUCGACAGAAGAGUGCACACCCAGCAGAGCGCACAGACUAACUUUCUUCAUGUGUGGAGCCUAAAUGCACCACCAUUUUUCCUCAAACUGUUUAUAUAACAUGGCUGUCAAUAUUUGUUCCAUAAAAAAUGUAUCCAGU